CAGCACUCCCCUCCCUCCCCUCCGGAGACUGAGGUCAAACAACGAAUCCAUACAGCUCGUCAAACAGCUCUCCCGUGAGUCCCAUUCUGAUUCUUCUUGUUUGUUCAGGUCAAUUUGGUUCAGGUCUUGUCGGCGUCAUGCAAGCGCUCUCCCUUCUCGUUGGCCUCCUCCUCCCCUUGAUCGUCGGUCCAGUGGGUGUGGCUGCCCAGCCGCUUACCGUGUCCGCCCGUACCAUUUGUGGCAACGCCACCCAUUCAUUUCUCGGCGGCUGCUUCUCCGAGACUGAUACGAUUCAGUGGCGGCUGGAGACCACCUGCGACGAGCCGCCCCUGUCGCUUCCUGGAUCAACCCCUCCUGAGGUGUGCGUCGUUGCACCUCUGGAGGGCUGCGACACACAGAGGACAUCCCGAGGCGAUGGGUAUCUCGGAGUCACGAACCUCGUCAUCGGCGACAGCACGGAGUUUCGAUACCCUCUCGAGUGCCUCUAUGACCCAAAUGGACAAGAGGUCCCGCUGCCGCGACAGGGCAAGGGCUUCGGCUGGACGGCGGGAGACAAGAGUGUGGCAGUGUAUGCGAGUCUGUGUUCGGACUACCUUUGCAACGAGCCUCUCGACAACCCCAUAACUAUCAACUGCCCCCUUACAGACCAAGGUGGGCCCUUCGACUUUUGCCAAUCGCUGGCUGACAACGACAACGAGCCGUACAAGUGGGCCUACCUGCGGCUGAAUGUCCCGGCCAUGAACGACUCGCUCUUCAUCCAGCCCCGCCAGUGCUACGCCACGCCGAGCGUGAGUGACGCCAGCCAGAAGGCCGUGCAGUGGCUCUUUGACGGCUGCAAUGUCGACGUCUUGACGCUCCCCAACGGUGUCUCAUGGCCAGUGUUGUAUCAAGUACACGCGGAGGGCCUGACGAUGCUCAGAUUUCCCGUGUUUCGGAUGGGCACCUCCCCAUCGAUCGACUUCAUCUACAUCUACUGUGAAGUGGCGCUCUGCAACGGCCCCAACUGCCUCAAUUGUCCUAUCACAGUCGUCAACCAGACGACAACCGAAGGCAUCUUCGUCGGCAACGUCGAUCAGGCCGGCCAGCAGGGGACGCUCAUCACCUCCCAGUUGUACAGCCAGCCCGUCAACAGCACUACCAGCUCUGGCGCAGAGAGCCAGCAGCUGGGCGUGGGGCCGCUAAUCAUGCUGGGCGAUGGGGGCCGGAAAGCAGAAGAUGACGAGGGCAAGAGGGCCAAAACGACCGAUUUGCAGAAGUCCCUCUCUGGCCCAGUGGCGCCCAUCCUCUUUGUUCUCAUCGGCGUUGCCUUGCUGACGGCCGUGUGCUUCCCGAUCGUCAGGGGCAUCCAGCUGAAGCGCGCGCAGAGGAUCAAGUGCGCCAAGGACAGGAACGAGAAGCCGGCGCAGGUGAAGCAAGCUGAGACUACCCUGGAGAAGCUCCGCGCCAAGCAGCGGCAGAAGAUCGCCGCCCUCUCGCAACAACAGACCACCGCCAGCCCAGAGGCAUUGCAGGUGCCGAUUUAUGCGACAGAAGACAGGCUUGUCGGGGGCAGCAUCCGAUCAGGCGAUGCAAUGACUGAAGACCUGGAUGCCGCGCUCAAGCGAGACGGCGGGGGGGUCAUGACGCCAUCACAGACGUACAUCUUGGCGGACCACAUUGUCGCAUCGCCAGCGGCACAGAGCGCGGCGUCACCGAGUGGGCCAGAGCAGCAUCCGAUCACGGACGACAGUGAGGGGGAGAGGGCGGCUGGUCUGCGGCUGGACGGGAUUGCUGUUGGCGUGAGAGCUUCGAUCGCUUCGCUGUGGUCUACAGAGGCGAGACAGCGGUCGCCGAGUCAUCGGGGUGGGGCCUCGCCCACACAGCGUGCGGACGACGUGUGAAGUGCGGCUGGUGCGGUGUGUGUCCACGCUUUGAGUGCUUAAUUGAUGUGGCCAAUGACCUUGAGACUUCUCGCUAAUUGGC